CUACACGAAUUUGAACUUCUGGGUCCUCUCUAUCAGCAGGCCCCUAUUUGUUCAUUUCAAAACAACUUCUUAAAACAAAAAACUCAUCGAUCUCAAGUAAGCUCGGCCAAAGUCGUCUUCUUGAGGUUACACAAAAAAAACACUUUCAAUCAUGUCUAAGGAAGAAGCCCCCAAUGACCUUCAAAUCGCCGAUGGCGAGAUUGAGUCCAACUGGGACACGGUCACUGACAACUUCGAUAACAUGGAAUUGAAGCCUGAAUUGUUGCGCGGUAUCUACGCUUACGGUUUCGAACGCCCAUCCGCCAUUCAAUCUCGUGCCAUCCUUCCCGUUAUCAAGGGACACGAUGUCAUUGCUCAAGCUCAAUCCGGUACCGGUAAGACCGCCACUUACUCUAUCGCCAUUUUGCAAAGAAUUGACGCUGCCAACAAGAACGUUCAAGCUUUGAUCUUGGCACCUACUCGUGAAUUGGCUCAACAAAUUCAAAAGGUCGUCAUGGCUUUGGGUGAUUACAUGAACAUCUCUUGCCAUGCUUGCAUUGGAGGAACAAACGUUCGUGAAGAUAUGUCCAAAUUCCAAGCUGGUGGCGCUCAAGUCGUCGUCGGUACACCUGGACGUGUUUACGACAUGAUCAACCGUCGUGCAUUCCGCACUGAUGAUUUGAAGAUGUUCUGCCUUGACGAAGCUGAUGAAAUGUUGUCCCGUGGUUUCAAGGAUCAAAUGUACGAAAUUUUCCAAUUGUUGCCCCAAGACACACAAGUCAACUUGUUGUCCGCUACAAUGCCAACUGAUGUUUUGGAAGUUACCAAGAAAUUCAUGCGUGACCCAAUCCGUAUUUUGGUCAAACGUGACGAAUUGACCUUGGAAGGUAUCAAACAAUUCUACAUCAACGUUGACAAGGAAGAAUGGAAAUUGGACACCCUUUGCGAUUUAUACGAAACAGUUACUAUCACACAAGCAGUUAUCUUCUGCAACACACGCAGAAAGGUUGAUUGGUUGACCGAAAAGAUGCACGCUCGUGAAUUCACAGUUUCAGCAAUGCACUCUGAAAUGGACCAAGCACAACGUGAAGUUAUUAUGAAAGAAUUCCGUUCAGGUUCUUCUCGUGUUUUGAUCACAACUGAUCUUUUGGCUCGUGGUAUUGAUGUUCAACAAGUUUCUUUGGUUAUCAACUACGAUUUGCCAAGUAACCGCGAAAACUACAUCCAUCGUAUCGGUCGUGGUGGUCGUUUCGGUCGUAAGGGUGUCGCAAUCAACUUUGUCACCCAAGAAGACACCCGUAUGCUUCGUGACAUUGAACAAUUCUACUCUACUGAAGUUCAAGAAAUGCCUCACGAUGUUGCUGAUUUGAUUUAAGGAUCUUUUCAGAUUUAACGGGAAGCCAGAGAAGUGUGGCUUUCCGAUUUUGUUUACUAUGUCUUUUUUGCACGGUAUUCUGUUUUAUUUUGGUGUCAAUCAUGUAUUGAUAUACGAAUGUAGAGUUUAUUGAGCGGUCAUUUACUCUAUAUUCACUAUCUUAUUCUCUUUUCAUACAUUUUAUAUGUUUAACCUUGUUGGACCAUUCUUCCCCCAACAGAGAAGAUGCUAUGUCCCAAAAAUGCAUUCUCAAUGUAGAUGCUCUCUCUCGAUAUACUAGAAAAGAUCUAUGAACUUGAUAAUCGC